AAUUGCAUUAAUUUCAUGACUCAACACUACUUUGUAAGAGGCAUCAGAAAGACUGUUGGCGAGUUUGCAAAGUCCUCUGCUCCUCUGUAUUUCUACAAGUUCACCUAUGUCACUAAGGAAAACUAUACAAAAGGAGUAAACGGGGGUGCUGGACAUGCUGAAGAAGGUAAGUAUACAUGGCAUUCCACAACACUAGCCAAUGAAAAUGAUAUCAGGAUGAAGGAUCGCAUGGUAACCUUGUGGACUAAUUUUGCCAUUUAUGGGAAUCCAACCCCAAAAGCAGAUGCACUGUUUAAUAACGUGAUUUGGCCAGAAGCUCAUACGGAUGUUCCUAGUAAAGAUGACCUUCGCUAUUUGGAAUUAGGUUAUGACUUGGUUCCAGGAAUAAGUCCCGAUCAAGCGGACUUUUUAUUCUGGAGAAAUCUUUUUCAGAAAUACGCAACGACGACUGUUUAUACAUACUAAAAAUAAUUAAGUAUCCUAGUUGUAGUAUUAUCACCACAUGAUAUGUAUAAUGACGAAAUAUAUAAAGGGAUUAUGGCAAUA